AUUAUGGUUACAUUCGCAUGUUUAGAUUAUGAAAUGCUCCAUCUUUGAAUCGAAUCUUGAUGUCACAUUGAGCUUGCAUUGUCCCACAAAAUAUCAUUAACGAAAAAUAUAGAUGAAAAUUCCAACUUCAGCUACUGCCAAACAAAUCUUCUUCUCAGUGUACACACAGUGAGAGCAUUGCUGUGUGGAAAAAAGCAAGCUUAGAAAAGUUGAGGUUCCUUUUUAUAGUGGACAAGUUAUUAGCUCUGCAGCUCUUUCAUGCUCCUCUCUCUCUCUCUCUGACUUUCAUGUGGGAAUCGAUGAAAUCAGUCUAAACUGAGUGAAAAGGGGGAUUUUUAGUUGGAUUAAGAUGGCGUCGCCGCAUGCUGGUGAAGAGAAGGCUGCUGCUGCGGUGAGGUCCCUGAGCCGUGGAUCUGCCAGCAGGCGGAUCAGCUUCGCCUCUGUGAGUACGAAGAGCUGGGCUUCAGCUAGUGUGAGGGAGGUUUUCACUGCCCCGGGGCAGGAUGCUUUUCAGAGAAGUGGGAGGGAGUAUGAUGAUCAGGAUGAGCUUAUGUGGGCAGCCAUUGAGAGGCUGCCGACGUAUGACCGGACGAGGAAGGGGAUUUUGAAGCAAGUUAUGGAAGAUGGGAAGGUUGUGAGGGAAGAGGUUGAUUUCGCCAACAUGGGGGUUCAAGAAAGGAAGCACCUCAUGGAUAGUAUACUUAAAACGGUUGAUGAUGAUAAUGAGAGGUUUCUUAUGAGGGUGAGAGAGAGGACUGAUAGGGUUGGAAUUGAUGUUCCGAAAGUAGAAGUUCGCUAUGAGCAUUUGUCGGUUGAUGGAGAUGCGUAUGUUGGAUCGAGGGCGCUUCCAACUCUGUGGAACGCUACACUGAAUACGGUUGAGGGAAUUUUCGAAAAAAUCAAGCUCAUUCCAUCGAAGAAAAAGUCUAUCAAGAUACUGAAUGAUGUUAGUGGAAUUGUGAGACCUUCAAGGAUGACACUGCUCCUCGGGCCUCCGGGCUCUGGGAAAACAAUAUUGCUCAAGGCUCUUGCCGGAAAGCUGGAGGAAGAUCUCAGGGUGAAAGGAAGAAUCACUUACUGUGGUCACGAGCUGUCAGAGUUCGUUCCUCAGAGGACUUGCUCGUAUAUCAGCCAGCACGAUCUUCACCACGGGGAGAUGACUGUCAGGGAGACGUUAGACUUUUCAGGGCGUUGCUUGGGAGUUGGAACCAGGUACGACCUCCUUGUAGAGCUGUCCAGGCGAGAAAAGCAGGCGGGAAUCAAGCCCGACCCUGAGAUAGAUGCGUUCAUGAAAGCCACUGCAGUUGCUGGCCAAGAAUCGAGUCUAGUAACAGACUAUGUUCUCAAGAUUCUUGGAUUGGACAUUUGUGCUGAUAUAUUGGUGGGAGACGAGAUGAGAAGGGGGAUAUCCGGUGGACAGAAGAAACGGCUCACAACUGGUGAGUUUUUGGUCGGGCCAGCGAAAGUUUUCUACAUGGACGAGAUCUCAACCGGUCUUGACAGCUCAACGACAUUCCAAAUCAUCAAGUACAUGAGACAGAUGGUUCAUGUCAUGGAUGUGACUAUGAUAAUUUCCCUCCUCCAGCCUGCACCAGAGACAUUUGAGCUCUUUGAUGACAUUAUCCUGCUUUCAGAAGGGCAGGUCGUCUACCAAGGCCCUCGUGAGAACAUCCUCGAGUUCUUUGAGAGCACUGGAUUCAAGUGCCCGGACAGAAAGGGAGUGGCAGACUUUCUACAGGAAGUCACUUCAGCAAAGGAUCAAGAGCAGUACUGGUGCAAGAAAGACGAACCUUACCAGCAUGUCUCCGUGGCUGAGUUUGUGGAACGCUUCAGCACUUUCCACAUCGGGCAGAGAAUCUUUGACGAGCUUGCAGUCCCUUAUGAUAAAACUAAGGCCCAUCCGGCUGCAUUGGUCACUGAGAAGUAUGGUAUAUCCAACAUGGAGCUCUUGAAGGCCAACUUGUCGAGGGAGUGGCUUCUGAUAAAGCGGAAUGCUUUCUUGUACGCAUUUAAGACGUUUCAGAUAACUGUGAUGUCACUAAUUACCUUCACAGUGUUCUUUAGAACGGAGAUGAAGUCUGGCCAGCUAGCUGAUGGGGGAAAGUUUUAUGGAGCACUGUUUUUCAGCUUGAUCAACGUUAUGUUUAAUGGCACGGCUGAGCUUGCUCUUACUGUUCUUAGACUUCCAGUGUUCUUCAAACAAAGGGAUGCUCUGUUUUACCCUGCUUGGGCCUUUUCUUUGCCAAUUUGGCUUCUCAGAAUCCCCAUUUCGUUUAUGGAAUCAUUCAUAUGGAUUAUUCUUACCUAUUACACAAUUGGAUUUGCUCCUGGACCUGAUAGGUUCUUCCGCCAGUUUCUGGCCUUUCUCGCGCUGCAUCAGAUGGCCUUAUCGCUAUUCAGAUUCAUUGCUGCACUUGGAAGAACACAGGUUGUUGCAAACACUUUGGGAACCUUCACUUUGCUAAUGGUGUUUGUUCUUGGUGGUUUCAUCAUUGCGAAAGAUGACAUUGAGCCAUGGAUGAUCUGGGGCUAUUACAUUUCUCCUAUGAUGUAUGGCCAGAAUGCUGUAGCCAUCAACGAGUUUUUGGAUGACAGAUGGAGCACUCCAAACACGGAUCCGAGGUUUAAUGAACCAACGGUUGGCAAAGUCCUUCUUAGGAUGAGGGGCAUGUUUGUUGAGGAUUACAUGUUCUGGGUAUGCGUCAUUGCUCUCUUCGCCUUCUCUAUUCUCUUCAACGUCUUCUUCAUUGUGGCGCUGACAUACCUCAACCCCUUCGGAGAUUCGAAAUCUCUUAUCCCGGACGAGAAUGCCAAUAAGAAGAAGAGUCUUUCCUCUCAUGGAAGCUCAACAACUUCUGCAGGAAAAGAGAUGGCUACAAGGAAUCAAUCUGUUGGAAAUAGUUCUACUGUGGAUGGAUCCAGAAAAGGAAUGGUGCUCCCCUUCACCCCGUUGUCACUAGCGUUUGAACAUGUGAACUACUACGUUGAUAUGCCUGCUGGAAUGAAGAAGACCGGGGUUGAAGAGACGCAUCUGCAGUUGUUGAGAGACGUCAGUGGGGCAUUCAGGCCAGGCGUGCUGACAGCACUUGUCGGUGUCAGUGGGGCGGGCAAGACCACACUGAUGGAUGUCUUGGCUGGAAGGAAAACAGGCGGAUACAUUGAAGGAACCAUCAGUAUCUCCGGCUAUCCCAAAAACCAAUCCACUUUUGCCCGUGUCAGCGGUUACUGUGAGCAGAACGACAUCCAUUCUCCACAUGUUACCGUCUAUGAAUCUGUCGUGUACUCUGCCUGGCUGCGUCUAUCUCCAGACGUGGACGAGGAAACACGCAUGAUGUUUGUUGAGGAAGUGAUGGAUUUGAUAGAGUUGAACCCACUGAGGAACGCCUUGGUUGGCCUUCCCGGAGUAGACGGUCUGUCGACCGAGCAGAGAAAGAGACUGACCAUAGCAGUGGAGCUCGUUGCCAAUCCAUCCAUAAUCUUCAUGGACGAGCCUACAUCGGGCCUCGAUGCACGAGCUGCAGCCAUUGUGAUGCGGACUGUGCGCAACACGGUUGAUACCGGACGAACUGUCGUCUGCACUAUCCACCAGCCGAGCAUAGACAUCUUCGAAGCCUUUGAUGAGCUGUUGUUGAUGAAGAGAGGAGGACAGAUGAUUUAUGGAGGGCCUCUUGGCCAUCACUCUCGCUUGUUGGUUGAAUACUUUCAAUCUGUACCUGGGGUGCCUGAGAUCAAAGAAGGCUACAAUCCAGCUACUUGGAUGCUGGAUGUCAGCACUCCUGCCAUGGAAGCUCAACUCAACGUCGACUUUGCUGAAAUCUACGCGAAAUCCGAACUCUACCGGAGGAAUCAAGAACUCAUCAAAGAACUCAGCACUCCGGCCCCGGGAUCACAAGAUCUGCAUUUCCCGACCGAAUACGCGCAGCCAUUCCUCACCCAGUGCAGAGCUUGCUUCUGGAAGCAGCACUUGUCUUAUUGGAGGAACCCUCAGUAUAAUGCCAUCAGAUUCUUCAUGACAUCAAUCAUCGGGAUCAUUUUCGGGAUUAUAUUUUGGAACAAGGGGGAGGAAAUGUCGAAGCAGCAAGACCUGAUGAACCUGCUCGGAGCCAUGUACUCGGCAGUCAUGUUCCUCGGUGGCACAAACACGUCCGCCGUCCAGUCCGUGGUGGCAGUGGAGAGGACCGUGUUCUACCGCGAGAAGGCAGCAGGGAUGUACUCUGCAUUGCCUUAUGCAUUCGCGCAGGUGGCGAUCGAGUCGAUCUAUGUUGCGGUCCAGACGUUAGUCUACAGCUUGAUCCUCUACUCGAUGAUCGGGUUCCACUGGCGAGCGGACAAGUUCUUCUGGUUCUAUUUCUUCGUGUUCAUGUGCUUCAUCUACUUCACCUCGUACGGGAUGAUGCUCGUUGCCCUCACCCCGAACUACAUGAUUGCUGCCAUUGUGAUGUCAUUCUUCCUCAGCUUCUGGAAUCUCUUCUCCGGCUUCCUAAUCCCGAGAACGCAAAUUCCGAUAUGGUGGAGGUGGUACUACUGGGCGUCUCCGGUGGCAUGGACGAUAUAUGGGCUGAUCACGUCGCAGGUGGGGGACAAGAGCGACGGCAUGGUGGUGCCCGGGAUCGAUGAUCCGGUUCCGGUGAAACAAUAUCUGGAGGAUUACCUAGGAUUCAAGUAUGACUUCCUAGGUGCAGUUGCUGCUGCACAUGUUGCCUGGGCGAUCCUCUUCUGCCUCGUUUUCGCCUACGGGAUUAAGUUCUUCAACUUCCAAAGGAGGUGAAGGGAUUUGGUAUACAAUGUAAGGAUUCAACUUCAAGAUUUGCUGCACGGAUCAUCUGCCAGUGUAAAGAACAGAAUUUUUUAGCACAGUUUGUUUCUCAGAUUUUUCUUACAGUUUUAUGGUGUAAAGAUAGUUACACUUCUUUUUUCUGUUUCUGAGUUUAAAGUAUAUGUUAUGCCUGUUUGAUCAGUUUGUUUCCCAUAUUUCUUACAGUUUUUUAUGUGAAGACAGUUACACUUGUUUUUUUACCUUUUUUGGUUUGAGUUGUAAGCUGUGUAUGCCAUUUUCUUGGAUUGUUAUAUGAGCCAAAUUUGUGUAUUGAUCA